AUGCAGCCUCAGCUGCCCUCCCUCGAUGCCGAGGAGAAGGCCUUCCAGGACGAAGUCAACCAGGUGAAGCAGUGGUGGUCUGACUCACGAUGGAGAUACACCAAGCGCCCAUUCACCGCCGAGCAGAUUGUCACCAAGAGGGGAAACCUGAAGAUCCAGUACCCUGGUGGUGAAAUGUCCAAGAAGCUGUGGAGGACGGUCGAGAAGAGGUUCAAGGACAAGGACGCGAGCUUCACCUAUGGCUGCUUGGACCCCGUGAUGGUCACUCAGAUGGCCAAGUACAUUGAUACUGUCUACGUCUCCGGCUGGCAGUGCUCGUCCACCGCCUCGAGCACCGACGAACCUGGUCCCGAUCUUGCCGACUACCCUAUGACCACUGUCCCCAACAAGGUCCAGCACCUGUGGUACGCACAACUUUUCCACGACCGGAAGCAGAGGGAAGAGCGCCUCAGCACGCCCAAGGCCAACCGCGGAAAUGUUCAGAACACCGACUACCUUCGUCCCAUCGUCGCCGAUGCUGAUACUGGUCACGGCGGUCUGACUGCCAUCAUGAAGCUCACAAAGCUUUUCAUCGAGAAGGGCGCUGCUGGUAUUCACAUUGAGGACCAGGCUCCGGGCACGAAGAAGUGCGGCCACAUGGCUGGAAAGGUGCUUGUGCCCAUCAGCGAGCACAUCAACCGUCUCGUCGCCAUCAGAGCGCAGGCCGAUAUCAUGGGUACCGAUCUCCUUGCCAUUGCCCGUACCGACUCCGAGGCCGCUACUCUCAUCACUUCGACCAUCGACCCUCGCGACCACGGAUUCAUUGUUGGCGCCACCAACCCCGCUAUUCAGCCCCUAAACGAUCUCAUGCGUGCUGCCGAGGAGGCUGGCAAGAAUGGUGACCAACUCCAGGCCAUCGAGGAUAGCUGGACUGAGCAGGCCGGCCUUAAGCUUUUCCACGAGGCUGUAGCGGACACCAUUAAUGCCGGCGUUCACGUCAACAAGAAGGACCUCAUUGCGCAGUUCAACGAGCAGUCCAAGGGCAAGAGCAACCAGGAAGCGCGCGCCAUCGCCAAGGGCAUCACCGGUGUCGACAUCUACUUUGACUGGGACGCGGCACGUACCCGAGAGGGCUACUACCGCUACAAGGGAGGCUGCCAGUGCGCCAUCAACCGCGCCAUCGCCUACGCCCCUUACGCUGACCUGAUCUGGAUGGAGAGCAAGCUUCCGGACUACGCACAGGCCAAGGAGUUCGCUGAAGGCGUCCACGCCGUCUGGCCCGAGCAGAAGCUCGCAUACAACCUGUCGCCGUCGUUCAACUGGAAGGCGGCUAUGCCGCGCGACGAGCAGGAGACGUACAUCCAGCGCCUGGCGGCGCUCGGCUACUGCUGGCAGUUCAUCACGCUGGCGGGCCUGCACCAGACGGCGCUGAUCAGCGACACGUUCAGCAAAGCCUUCGCCAAGCGCGGCAUGGCGGCCUACGGCGAGCAGAUCCAGGAGCCGGAGAUGGAAAACAAGGUGGACGUGGUGACGCACCAGAAGUGGAGCGGAGCCAACUACGUCGACAACCUCCUCAAAAUGGUGUCGGGCGGUGUCAGCUCGACAUCAGCGAUGGGCAAGGGAGUUACCGAAACGCAAUUCCAUUGA